UUUUAAGUCUCCGUUGUUCAGACUCUUUGUUUGGAAUAUCAGACUCUUUGUUUGGAAAAAAUUUCAUUCACUAGAAAAAUGGAAUUUAUGCCCUUUGAAUUAAAUCCCGGAUAAGAAUCUACCAAUGCACUAGAAGCUACCAGCUAGAGAGUUAAAAAUACAGAAUCAAACUAGAAGCGCCGGAAAGCCUAUUGUGACGACGCAUUCUAGCAACAUUGGAAGAAAUCUCAUGUGAUGUGGGCGUUUCAGGCCCUCCAACCUGUACAACAACCACCUCCUUACCACCAAAUACACUCCCAAAAACACCAAACAACUCGUGUCUUUUCACGACACCAAACCUCCAUCGCCAUUAGCCCUUCAACCAACAACAAUCACUUGAUUCAAUCUCUCUGCAAAAAAGGCAAUCUCAAACAAGCCCUCCAUGUCCUCUCUCAAGAACCCAACCCAACCCAACACACCUACGAGCUCUUAAUCCUCUCUUGCGCCCAACAAAACUCUCUCUCCGACGGAGUUAUCGUUCACCGGCAGCUUAUCUCCGAUGGGUUCGAUGAAGACCCUUUCUUGGCCACCAAACUCAUCAAUAUGUACUCUGAAUUGGACUGCGUUGACCAUGCACGCAAGGUGUUUGAUGGAAUUCUUAACAGAACCAUAUACGUUUGGAAUGCGUUUUUUCGAGCUCUAACAUUAGCCGGUCAUGGAGAAGAGGUGCUAAAUCACUACCGUCGGAUGAAUCUAAUUGGUAUUCCAUCGGAUAGGUUUACUUACACCUAUGUUCUUAAAGCUUGUGUAGCUUCGGAGGCAUUGGUUUCACUACUGCAAGUGGGAAAAGAGAUUCAUGCGCAUAUUUUGCGGCAUGGGUUUGAGACCCAUGUUCAUAUUAUGACUACUUUAGUGGACAUGUAUGCGAGGUUUGGGUGUGUAUCGUAUGCAAGUUGUGUGUUUAAUGAGAUGCCUGUGAAAAAUGUGGUUUCAUGGAGUGCUAUGAUCGCGUGCUAUGCUAAGAAUGGGAGGCCCUUUGAAGCGUUGGAACUUUUUCGUGAAAUGAUGCUUGAAACCCAUGAUUUGGUUCCGAAUUCGGUGACAAUGGUCAGUGUGCUUCAAGCUUGUGCAGCACUUGCUGCCCUGGAACAGGGUAAGCUGAUACAUGGCUAUAUACUUAGAAAAGGGCUUGAUUCAAUUUUGCCAGUUAUCAGUGCCCUUGUGACCAUGUAUGCAAGAUGUGGUGAACUGGGAUUGGGACGGCGUGUUUUUGAUCAGAUGGAUAAGAGAGACGUUGUAUCGUGGAAUUCCAUGAUUUCAAGUUAUGGGAUUCAUGGUUUUGGAAGAGAAGCAAUUACAACUUUUAAAGAGAUGAUCUAUAGUGGAUUCUCACCGAGUCCCAUAUCAUUAGUUAGCGUUUUGGGAGCUUGUAGCCACGCAGGAUUUGUUGAAGAGGGCAAAGUUUUGUUUGAAUCUAUGGCUAAAGAACAUAGGAUAUAUCCUGGUGUGGAGCACUAUGCUUGUAUGGUUGAUCUUCUUGGUCGAGCCAAUAGAUUGGAUGAGGCAGCCAAGGUCAUAGAAAAUAUGCGGAUUGAACCGGGACCUAAAGUAUGGGGUUCUCUCCUUGGAUCAUGUAGGAUACAUUGCAAUGUUGAGCUCGCAGAGUGGGCAAGUCGAAGGCUUUUCGAGCUUGAGCCCACAAAUGCUGGUAAUUAUGUCCUUCUGGCUGAUAUUUAUGCAGAAGCUAAGAUGUUGGAUGAGGUAAAAAGACUGAAGAAGCUGGUACAAGCUCAGGGCUUGCAGAAAGUAUCAGGCCGUAGUUGGAUUGAAGUUGAAAGGAAAAUAUUCUCAUUCACAUCAGUUGAUGAGUUUAACCCACAGAUUGAGCAACUCCAUGCCCUGUUGCUUAAAUUGUCAGCGGAGAUGAAGGAGAAGGGCUAUGUGCCGCAGACCAAAGUAGUGCUCUAUGAUCUUGAUGAAAAAGAGAAGGAACAAAUUGUAUUGGGACAUAGUGAGAAAUUGGCAGUUGCCUUUGGGUUGAUCAAUAGCAAUAAAAGGGCAACCAUUAGGAUCACCAAGAACUUAAGGUUAUGUGAAGACUGUCACUCCUUCACCAAGUUGAUUUCCAAGUUAGCUAAUAGAGAGAUUCUGGUGCGAGAUGUGAACCGCUUUCACCAUUUCAAAGAUGGGGUAUGUUCAUGCGGCGAUUAUUGGUAAUUUUUCACAAAACUCAGUCCUUAUUCCUUUCUUCUUCUUCUUCUUUGAAUCACAAAGGGUUCUUAGUUGAGAAUUCUCAUCAGAUGGAGACAUUUUCAACAUCUAUAGGUACCAAUACCAAACUAUGAGAAAUGAUUUAUUGACUUUAUUUUUAUUUCUACAUAAAUGAUGCUACCAUUUUGUAUCUUCUACUAUUUUUCCCAUAUCAAGUUUAAGAGAAGUUUAAUAGGGGACAAUUGCUUAAUGUAAACCGUUGCAUUAGAUUUUGUUUUGGAACAGAUAUAUAUAUAAAGAGAAUUUGUAACUUUUGUUUGUA